AUGAAGCAUAGAACACUUCUGGCGUCUCUUUUAAUUUUGCCCUACUUUGGUUCAGUUAUCUGCAAUUUGUUCACCAAAGUAGAAUUGGGACCCAUCAAAGAUGAUGACACUAUACAUGGUUGUCUUUCCGGUGAAAAUGACAUAAGAAUUCAAGACGCUUUUUGGGAUAGUGUACAUGAUAAUUCAUGGAAGAGCUUGACAACUACUGCUCAUUGGCGCGCAACACCUACUAAAAACCAGAUGCAAGACAGUGUGCCUAACCAAGCAGAUCGUGGCCUGAAAGCUCUUCUUUCAAUGGUAGAUAAGAUAAACAGGGUAUUCAUUCCUAAUGCGGCACCCGAGCAUCGUCAUGUAGUUGAGGAUCUAAAAGUUCAGCUUGCACAGCAUGCGUCCAAGGUUUUGGGACAACACUGGCCGUAUCAAAAUACGCUGAUUGUUGACGAAACUGUUCAACAUAUUCUGAAAUCUGCGUUGGCAUUUAACAUCUUCCAGACUCAUACUUAUCUCCGUGACAGAGCUGCGACAGGUCAAUCUCAAUAUCGAUUAUCAGCAGCUUUUCUUACAUCGAAACCUGCACAUAUAUACGCCGGAGGAUAUCUAGCAAGUAUUGGGUUUUUGAACAUGGUAGAGCAUCUUGUGAUGGAUGGUCUCAGAGACGAAGGGUUGUUUAGACAGUUUUCUUUGCGAGAAGAUGCUUCAAUACCUUCCAAGAGGCAAUUGGCUGCUAACCAAGUAACAUCCAGGAUUGUGCACCAAAAUUCUGUGCUUACAUGGUGGAAGUGUCGGCUGAGCACCAAAGAUCCAUAUUAUUAUAUGUCCCGGAAUGAAGUCACUGCAGAGAAAAUAAAGAAGAAGCUCCGGGGUAUUGAGUUUAUUGGAACUCAAAACCACAUGAAUAUUUGGAAGAGACUUGUUGGUGUGGCUGAAACCAGUCGUCUUUCCAAGAAAAAAAAUGAAGACAUAUCAUCACUUCUGAAAAUCUAUCCAACCGCAAAGUUUUUUUUUAGAAGACUGAUGGAUAAUGACAACAAACAUGACUCGGAGAUUCUUGAAGAGUUGUGUGAAAUAUUGGAGAUCUUUGAUAGUUGUCAUGAUCACAGGGAUAGGCGCACAUUAAAAUUGCUCA